AUUCAUCGUCUCAUUAUUAAUUCGUAUAAUUUUCCCACUCAUCUCAAAAUGGACGCAGAUGAAAACGAUUCCAAUCCUUUUUCAAGAAGGAAAUCACCAAAAGUAACUAGCCCACUUGGUUCUCGACGGGCAAGUUUUCCUGAAAGUAGUCAAUUGAUGGCAUUAGUUAGCAGCACAAGUACACCAAGCCAAGGUCUUGGUGACAGCCGUACACAUUCACACAUACCAUUGUUAUUCCCACACCUUCCAAGUGAUUAUCUACCGUCUCCUUCCAGCCCGAAGCAUUUUGUUCUAACUUAUGAACAUUCACGGGAACAUCGCUUAUUGGGUGCGGACACUAUUAGUGGUCGAAUGCAAUCAGUUGCAUCACUGCAAUCGCCUCUUAUGGUUCGACAAAGAUCCCGUUCAGCAGGUCAGACUAGAUUAACACCACCUGGGGAAUUCCAAUCACGACAAGAACAGGACCUAAGACAAGAAAGUUCUCAUCUGGCCAUUGAGAGUGGAUCUAGUAUGAGCAAUACAUCUGAACUAGUACCCUAUAGGGAGUGGACAGUUAUUUCGCGCAACGAUAUUAGUGGCCAAAUGGUCCUGUUUAAUCCAGAAACAAAACUCGUGACAGUCCAACGGUAUAUGCCCGAUAGUUUUGACCUCCCAAUUCCCACAUCCAACACCCAAUCUCAGUCAAAUAACAAGUGCCCAAUGUGCCAUCGCUCUCUACCUGACAGACAGACGAAUGAUCAUACGAGCGGACCCAAUUUCAUGGACAGAAACUACUUUAGAUUGUUGGCCUCGAGUACGAAAGCAGGAGUGUCACCACCCAAGCAAAAACAGUCAGAACAAAAGUCGGAAGAGCAUGUAGAGGAAAAUACGGAAUCUAUUCACAGCGAUCAUUUGAAAGCCAAUGCAUUCAAUCACGGAUACUACGAGAACUUUUUUGUCGAAUUAAAGAAACUAGGGCGUGGAUUUAGAGGAAGCGUUUUUCUGUGCAAUCAUGAAUUGGACGGUGUUAAAUUAGGGAAAUAUGCAGUUAAAAAAGUGGCCAUCGGUAAUAAUCACCCAUGGCUUGUAAGAAUGUUGAGAGAGGUUCAUUUAUUGGAAAGAUUACGACAUCCAAAUAUUGUGAGCUAUAAACAUUCAUGGCUAGAGUAUAGUAGAUUAACACCAUUUGGUCCAAAAGUUCCAUGUCUAUUUAUUCUUAUGGAAUGUGCCAACGGAGGAAACCUUGAAGAAUAUUUGGAACCAGAGGUUACUCCUUUGGAGCCAGAGUCUCUUGGUGGUAAGAAAAAGUCUGCAAAGGAGCUAAAACGGGAGCGCAUUCGAAGACAACAAGGAGUUGAAGAGAUUGAAAAAGGACCAGAGAUACACAAGCGCCUUUUGAGCAUGGCCGAGGUCUGGUCUCUGUUCUUGGAUAUUGUCGAAGGAUUGGCUCACCUUCAUCAACAAAACAUUGUUCACCGAGAUCUCAAACCCCCAAAUCUCUUACUCAAAUGGGAUGAGCGUAGUCGUAAUCGAGGCCAAACUGACUUUUGGAGAAACAAAGUUGGGCAACAUGGCAUCCCUCGAGUCCUGAUUUCCGACUUUGGAGAAUGUGAAGACUUGGAUGAGGACCCUGAUAAUGAUCGUACGGGUGCUACAGGAACUUUGGAGUUUAUGGCGCCAGAGCAUGUUGCUUUGGAUCCACAAGGAAAAAACAGGGUCGAGUAUUCUUCAAAGGCAGAUAUGUGGUCACUUGGAAUGGUCCUAUACUACCUAUGUUACUCUCGGCUUCCUUAUAGUAAUGUUGAUGAUGUUGAUAUAUUACGGAACGAAAUUCUUGCUUUUAAAGAAGUCAAAUUCCCAAAAUCAAGAUUCGAUGUCUAUAAUGGGCAUGAGAACAAUAUUGAUCCAGGAAUGGUAGAGGCAAUCCGGCAGCAAACUAUAUCACCAGACAUCCCGCAGGAAAUGAAGAUAUUAAUUCGGAUGCUGCUUUCAACGGACCCCAACAAACGGCCUUCUUGUGAAGAGAUCUUGUCAAAGUUGCGACAAAUACAAAGCUCUGGGUUUCACAUAGAUGGCACUUCUAUUCUCAGAGAAGUCCCUGAAAAUCAUUCACGCACAACAAACAUCAGUAGCCCGACAAAGACAACGUUUGUUAUGCCAUAUGAGGAUCGAACCAGACUAAGGCGCUCUUCCUGGGAAUCUGUUGAGACAAAGUACAUUCCAAAAACAGAACCUACGCGAGAUUCUCCUUCAUUUGAUAAACAAUCUAUUAGACCAUUAUCUAGCCAAGAAGAUGGCCAGAGUACAAGCAAUAAUUUGGUUGAAAAUGAAGCACCUGUACAGGUUACGCGAGACAGUGAUGGAGAUGUUCAAAUGGAUGAGCAAGAUUACGAAAAUAUGCCUAGUCGACAUCCAAAGGCUGUUAAACGAUUUGCAUACACUACUGGGCAUGGAAAUGAUACAAGGACAUUUGGAAUUCGGAAGAGAAGAAAACGAGCUAACAGAGAUACCGAGAAUAAAAUUGAUUAUGACUUGUACAGCCAGUCUAGCGCACCUGAUACAUUGAGCAGCGAGGAAGAUAAAGACGAAUUGACGGAAAUGAAUGAAAUGAGUGAACCAAAUCACCUACUGUUAGGAUCUCCGGACAUUCAAACUAGCUGGUUCUUAUUAUUUGAUAGAAUGAGGAUGCCUUUUACCAUCCCUCGACGCUGGGAUUAUACGAUGGGAACAUGGUUGCAGGCAACUGAAGAUCGAUACUAUAUUAAUAUGUUAAAGACAAUUACCGCGAUUAUAAAGGUUGCAACAUGCACCUACCCAUGUCACCCUUAUUCGCCAUCGCCGACCAUACUGUACCCUAUUGUUAUCUUGGCAACCCUAGACUUCUGGAGUGAUAAUGUCUCACAAAGCAUAUUAUUAGUAGUAUUUCAUCUAGUGUGGGUAAUUGGAGUUGCACUUUUACGAGGUGGUAUGUGUGCUGCCUAAACACUUUAUUUUCCUUUAUCUUCCUGUACAUUAUCCUCUAUAUACAUAUUUUCUGAAUAUACACAUCUAUCUGGCAAUUGAAUCUGAGCAAUAAUUACAGUGCCUAUUAACCU